GCCUGUAAAAGAAAGCAAAGACACCUCUGCUGUAGCAGAUCAACCUAAAACAAGAUUACUUACCUGAUUUUAAAUCUUACUAACUUACACAAAUUUUUUUCUCUCAAAACAACAAAAACACUUUGAACAGAAAAUGCUGCCUGCAACCUUCAAAUUAUGUGCUGCCAUCUCCUACAGGCAUAUGAGGAACAUGACAGGUCUGAGAAGGAAUGCUAUUGUAGCCCUUCACACUGAACUUAACAGACUGGCGGGUCCAGAUCCUCAUAACUGGAUUAACCACGUCCGCCGACGAAGCUCCCUCCUCGGUUCUCGGAUUGAGGAGGAGGAGGGAUACAGUGAGGAGGAGAAGUCCUACGUAAGGCAAGGGGAGAAUGCACUGCAGAAGGCCAUUGGGAUUCUCAGUGAGCAGGAUGGCUGGAUCACUGAAACUGCAGCUGCAAAUGGUGACAAAGUCUUGAGUAAGGUUUUGCCUGACAUUGGGAAAGUGUUCAAGCUAGAAGUGAUGCUGGAGCAACAUGCUGACAGUAUUUACGAAGAGCUGGUGGGAAAUAUGGAGCAAAUGGGGGAUUGGAACCCAAAUGUCAAACAGGUCAAGAUCCUUCAGAAGAUCGGACAGGACACAAUGGUCACCCACGAGGUAUCUGGAGAGACACCUGGAAACGUGGUGGGACCGAGGGACUUCGUCAGCGUCCGCUGCACAAAGCGCCGUGGCUCCACCUGCUUCCUGGCUGGGAUGUCCACUCAACACCCGGAAAUGCCUGAACAGAAGGGCGUGAUCAGGGCAUUGAAUGGGCCAACGUGUAUAGUUAUGAAGCCCUGUCCCGAAGACCCAAAUAAAACCAAGUUCACCUGGUUGCUCAGUAUAGACCUAAAGGGCUGGAUUCCCAAAACAAUCAUAAACACAGUGCUUUCUCAGACGCAGGUGGACUUCGCCAACCACCUUCGACACAGGAUGGCUAACAACGGCUCCUUGGAGAUGGCUCACGCCUGCUGACACAAGAAAUUUCUUGAGUUGCAACUCCACUUGGUCAACAGUGGCAGAGACACAAUGCCUACAAAAUCAAUAAAGAUCAGUUCCUGACUUCUCAAAAUGAGAAAAACAUGAGAAUAUUUCACACAAGGAUUGUGCUUUUUUUUUUUUAGAUCUUUGAGUAUCUGUGCAACUUUUGACUUAAUUUUAUUAUCAAAAAGGUCAUUUUCAUCUUGUUGCAAAUGCACUGACCCAAACAUCUAAUACAGCACUCGUGUUUAUUCAGGUACAAACAAUAUUCUACACAAAUGUACAAUUUAAUCUGUGCAACAACUACAAAACACUGUCAUACACUAUUGUAACAUGAACAACAAAUUAUAAUAGGUGGACAGUUCAGUUGCACAAGUCAAAGUGUGGAUGUGGGUCAUCAAAACCAGAAUCUCGUGGGGCCACCUGUGGUAUCACACAGAGCUUGAAUUUUGUGAUGCAGAGAGAUGAUUGGCUGUUUCUGUUCCAGUUCACAUAGAGUGCCUGAGACAGCUCUUGUGCCUUAGAU